GAUUCCUUUCAUAUUAUCUUUGCUAUUAAUUUUUUAUGCUAUAAAUAUGAGACAUAAGCUUCACAAGUGUUGCAAAGAAACAUGGCUUUAAAAAUUGAGACAAUCUUUCUUGUCUUUGUAUAUGGUGCUAUACUUUUGGGAGGCAACCUAAAAAGUGUGGAUGCAAAAGUUUGUCCCUUAAUAUGCUAUGAUUCAGCUGCUUACAUGAUUUGUCCUUCUGAUGGCAAUCAACACCUCACUCCACCAUGCAAUUGUUGUCUUGCAUCACCUGGUUGUAAACUUUAUCAAGGAGAUGGAACUCUUAUUUGUACUGCUACCUAAAUUAGGGAUGUGAUGUUAAUGUCUAUCCACAUAUACUAAGAUGAGUUUUCAGUUUAUAUAAUUAUGUUGUAAUAUGUGUGAUAAAAAAACAUAAUAAUUUGUAAUAUGAAUAAUACAACAUUAUAAAUUUAAAUUUCUAUGUUUUGGAUUUUAAUUA